UAUUAACACACGCACAAAUGACACCAAACACUUUGAGUGACACACCAUAUGGUGGCGACAACGAGCCAACAAAAAGUAACGCAGAGAAAAAUGACUUCCGGGUCAGGUCUCUCUUCCUGCAAGUUGCUAGGAUAACAUGUUUUAGUCCAUGUGGGGUUAAUUGUUCACAAUUCUAAUGAGUUCACAAAAAGGCAACGUGUCUCGAUCGCGAGGCCAAAGACACCAAAACACCACCGCCUUCAAAAACGACAAAUACGGAGCGACAGCACAAGUAAAGAAGGCACAAUCCAAGAUCCACGAUGGACUCUGUCAACACUGUAAGGGUGUUCUGGAGUGGAAAGUAAAGUACAACAAAUAUAAGACUCUGACACAGCCCCGGAAAUGUGUCAAAUGUUCUCAGAAGACAGUGAAAGAUGCUUACCACGUUAUUUGUAAGCCUUGUUCUCUUCAGCUCGACAUUUGCUGCAAGUGCGGAAAAAAAGAGGACAUUGUCAUUCCAGUUAACUCCCAUUUGGGCCAAGAAGAAAAGGAGGAGAAAGAUGGCGAAUAUAGAGGCAAAAUGUGCAGAAAGAUGGACAUGAGUAACUUGGACAGUGAUGAUGACUACGAUGAAGGUGAUCAUGAGGACAAUGAAGACUGUGACAGUAAUUCGAUGCCAAAGAAGACGCACAACAAGUCUGCUCCACUUCCAGAUAUGUCCGGUGUGAACAUUGCAAACUAAAUGUGAUGGCGCUAACUGGACGAGUGGACGCUUCGGCAUGGAGGUUUUCUGGUCGUAUUGAAAUGUCAGCAACUAAUAUAUUUGCAUUUGCCAGAACCUAAAACACACACACUUUCUGGUUACUUCAUUAGCAAUGCCUACACACCCAUCCAUUCAUCCAUCCAUCCAUUUUCUAUACCGCUUCUCCUCAUUAGGGUCGCGGGAGCAUGCUGGAGCCUAUCCCACCCAAUACAAUAAAUGUAUACUGUGUAUUCUCCUAAUGCUACAAUUAACUGGAGCAAGUAUGUAACAACUCAUUCUCCCUGUGCUUUGUGUUGCAAGAUAGGUUCUCAGAUGUAUUAUUUCUAUUAUCUACUACCAAGGUCACCGAGCCUGCACAAUGCAGGCGACAUAAAACACUGCAGGUUGCGCAAUGCUUGAGCAUUGUGUUUUUGUAACAUUUGAGGGUCUGUGGCUAGAAAUGGUAAAAUAUACACACACUAAUGUUAGCGACACAGUUGCUGUGUCUUAGCUGCGAAUGCUGUGGUAUUCUACUCCACAAUGUCAACUUUGCUGCAGUGGCCUUGUUUUCAUGCUGCCCUCAAGUCACUUUGUCCAACAACUGCACAUCAAGAAGUAAACACAACAUACCCUGUUUCUCUUCCAUUGUUUACGUGGCUGCUACUGGUAUGUUCAAUGAGGCUUGGUUUCCAGUAGUAGUUAUGAAACUGAAAAGAACAACCACCACAAACCAAGGCAAGUAGUGUAGUGACACUGCAGCUGAAAAGUGCCGUUUGAUAUUGUUCAGUUUAGUGCUUUAACGACAAUGCAGUAGUCACAACAGUGCAUGAUAUGCUGCUUUCUCAGAAAUCGAAUCGUGCCCUUUGUUUAGCCGAGGAAGAAUGACUGUAACACACAUUGACACUUUAGGAAUUGGCCUGUCAUGAUAAUAAAUCAGUUAAUCGCACGAUAAAUAAAAACAAACUUGAUCAUUUUGCCGGCCUCGAUAAAUUGACGUGCAAGCGCAUUCCAAAAAUUUCUGGCUCCACCACCGAGGCUGGAUAACAAGAGGUUUCACUAUGUGCCUCUGUCUCAACGCCUAGGCGCGUUGGUUCUAUAGCAGAAUGAACGGAGUGAGUGAACCCUCCUGUCAGUCAUUCAGUCUUUUUGUCCCAGUGGGUGGAGUCGAGUUGUGAGAUAAUUCAAACUUGUUCCGGCAAUCAAGUCUGGCGUUUGUGUGUCUCAUCGAACAAUACAGUAAACUGACACCUAGUGACCAGUGUACUGUAGUAGAAUAUAUAUCAUUCACGGUGUUCUUUAAUGCAUCUUCUGAAUGCCAUAUGGUGAUUUUCAAUUUGUGGGCCACCGGUCUUCCCCCCCUUGUGUAAUGACCCGAUGUCCCUAAAUGCAGCUCACGUCUGCGUUUUAGAGAUAUAAAAACAGAUAAAAAGCGACAGCUCAGUAGUGCACGUAAUGGAUACACCUGUGCCGUCUUCAAAGACCACCAUGAAAACACCUUCAAAAACCAACAACGUUUUAUAUCCAUGCUGUGACCAUGUAGUAACAGGUACAUUCAUGAUAGCGUGAUGCUUACAGUAUUUCAGCCAUUUUAAGCAUUACUGGGGCUUCCUUGCUUGGCGCAUUGAUUUCACCAAGCAACGUCAUAGAAAUAAACAUCUAUACCUAGUGUUAAAUUUUAAAUUGGCAUCCCGAAUAUGUAGCCUUACCUUUUGGUAGUGUCUGAGGCCUUGUGAGCGCAACACUGACCUGCUACGGGCACUGUUGCCAACUUUUGACUAAGAAAAGUAGGUAUUGGCUUUCCUAAAAGUCACUAGAUGAUGUCAUCGUACAAUUUGCAAAUCAUUUGGAUAUGAUGUACAAUUCUGUAGGAAAAAAGCAUAACCUCGUUGGAGAGACAAAAAAGUGAGUAAAAACACCUUGAAUAUGUUUACAACUACAAAUAAACUUGAUUCUUGGUAUGUUCAUUUCAAAUUGUCCAUUUCAUCAAAAUAAAAUAGUGCCUUUCAAA